AUGCGCGCAAGCACAAGACCGCGAUCAAGAGGCCACGUUCGUUUCAACUCCACGGAUCCUGCAGUACCACAACUAGACGGCGAACUCGACGAUCUGAAAAAGUCUUCCACGCCUCAAUUGCAGCAUCUCAGCAGACUAGCCGGAGACAGCACAGAAGAGCUGAAUGUCCACUCAGCGGAAGAGCAGGUCACGGGACUGAUUGGCAGACGGCGGCUACAACGAUCUGGGACAGUCAAGCCGAGUGGGAAAUCGUCAUUCACCAGCACAAGAUGGAUGGAGACACAGAGAAAACAUCUCGCAGCUUACGAGUAUCUUUGUCAUAUUGGAGAAGCUCGAGCAUGGAUAGAGGAUGUCCUUGACCCUACGAAACUGCCUCCAAUCGUGCAGCUUGAAGAAGCACUCCGAGAUGGUGUCACGCUUGCAGAGGUUGUCGUGCGACUGGCGCACAGGCUCCCUCCAGAUUCACAGCGCUCGCUCGGGUCGCAGCGCAUUUUCCGCUCAGCACCACUCUCUUUCCGACACUCCGACAACAUUGCCCUCUUCUUCCGGUUCCUCGCCGAGAUCGAGCUGCCCGAGCUCUUCCGCUUCGAAUUGAUCGAUCUGUACGAGAAGAAGAACAUUCCCAAGGUCAUCUACUGUAUCCACGCAUUGUCAUGGCUCCUUUUUCGAAAAGGAAUCGUGGACUUCCGCAUCGGCAACCUCGUUGGUCAGCUGGAGUUUGCAGAUCACGAGCUGGAAGAGACCCAGAAAGGCAUUGAUCGGAGUGGAGUUCAGAUGCCCAACUUUGGUGGCAUGCGUGAGGCAAUGCAAGUCGAGGAAGAACCCGAGCCCACGCCAGAGGAAGCUCUUGCUGAUCAAGAGCACAUGAUCGUGGAUCUCCAAACACAAAUCCGAGGCGCUUUGGUGCGAUUGCGUUUAGGUGAGAAUAUGCAGGAGCUUUGGGAUGUUGAAGAGCACAUUGCACAUUUCCAAGCCCUGGCCCGCGGUGGGUUCGCACGAGAGAUUUUCGACUUCCGUUUUGCGAUGGACUUAUCCACUCGUCGAUUUCAAGCCGCCUCCAAGGCGUUUCUGGUGAGAAAGAAGCUACAUCAGAAGAGGGCGGUGUGGAAGGAGAACAAAGCCGAUGUGAUCAAAGUCCAGAGUCUCUGGCGAGGACGGCAGCAAAGAGCAGAGACCAAGACUAUCAAGACCCAACUCCGUGCCGAGAGGCACGGCCUCAGAGAGCUACAGUCAGCAAUACGUGGAGCGCUUGGACGUUGGAGAGCCGGUGAUCUCUGGCAUGAGGCACGAGACGAGAAGACCGAGGCUGGCGUGCAGGCGUUCCAAGCUGCAGCGAGAGGCGCAAUGGAGAGGAUGAGAGUCGGCGCCAUCAUGAAUCAGCUUUGGGACGUUGAAGACACGAUAUGUCAGUUUCAAGCUCAUGUUCGUGGGUCUCGUGUGAGGAAACUAGCUGUGAAGCAGAAGGUUGCUGCUCGACAGGCUGCCGUUGAAGUUGUCAAACUCCAAGCGGCCGCGAGAGGUUUGAUUGAGCGGCUUCAGCAACGGCACCUCCAUGGCGAGCGCAAGAUUGAGGAACCCAGUGUGAUCAAGGCACAAGCUGUGGCCAGAGGACUUAUCGAACGACUUCGACAGGCUCGCACAAAGGGUGCACUUCAGGGACGAGAAUCGACCAUCAUCAAAUUCCAAACACUCAUCCGAGCUCAAGCGGCAAAGUCCCUGCAUCUGGAUGUCAAGGAGGAGUUGGCUGCGCAUGUAGAACACGCUUCCUCGCUCCAAGCGCUGAUCCGUGGGCAAGCAGCACGUCUGCGAACAGCCCGCACGCAAGAAGCAUUGAGAAAGCACGAGCAAGGAGUACGCGACCUCCAGUCCUUCAGCCGUGCCAUGUUGCAAAGGAGGAGCAUCGGCGAGAAACUCGGCGCCCUUGAGAAAGUCGAAACCCAACUUACCGCCCUUCAAUCUAUGUCCAGAGCCUACAUCGAGCGACAGCGCAUCUUUGAGCAACUCGUCGCCAUGGAGAAACAAGAAAGCAGCAUCAUCGAGCUACAAUCCCUCGCCCGCGCUACACUACUCCGCAGCCAGAUUGGACAGCUCCUAGCUGGACUGGAAGACCACGAAGAGGCGCUGACCGACUUUCAAUCUACGAUUCGUGGAUUCGUGGUCCGCAAACGCUUUGCGGAGAAGCAGAAGCACUUCAGGGAGAACAUGCAGAAAGUCAUCAAAUUGCAAUCUUUCGUCCGCGCGAAACAGCAAGGCGAAAGCUACAAGAGCUUGGUCAGCGGAAAGAACCCACCACUUCCUGUAGUGCGCCGUCAUUUGCACUUGCUCACAGACUCGAAUCUGGAGUUUGAGGGCGAGCUUGAAGCCGAGCGCCUACGCCGACAAGUGGUCGAGAGUGUCCGAAGAAACGAGAUGGUCGAGAGCUACGUCGAGGGUCUGGAUGUCAAGAUUGCCCUGCUAGUCAAGAACAAAAUCACGCUGGACGAGGUGGUCAAGCAUCAGAAGCAUUUCGGUGGAUCUGCGUCGCAGUUGCUUCGCACCGGGAGCACUCUUGCUACAUCGACGGGCCUGGAUCUGAAAGCGCUCAACAAGAACUCUCGCAAGAAGCUCAUAGGGUACGAGGAGCUUUUCUUCAUGAUCCAAACACAGCCACAGUAUCUGGCGAGAGUGUUCGCCGUGCUCAGCGCGAGAGGCCUGGCGGAGAAAGAUAGCAAGAACAUGGAGAGGCUGAUCUUGACUCUCUUUGGGUAUGCUCAGAAAGCCAGAGAAGAGUAUCUUAUGGUGAAGGUCUUGGCCACCAGCUCCCAACAGACCGUUGCGAACUGCCAGAGCAUCGAGGACUACAUGCGUCAGCAAAAUGGCAACUUCCAAAGUCGUCUGCUUCUCAACUAUAUCCGCAGUCCCAGAGAGCGAGCUUACCUGAAGACGCUACUGGGUGGCAUGGUCAAGAAUGGGAUUUGUGCGCAGGAUCAUCUCGACCUGGAGAGUGACCCAUUGCAGAUCUACCGCGCUAUCUUGAACAAUGAGGAGCUUUCGACUGGACGACCAUCGCAGCGGCCGAGAGACAUGCCUAGAGAGAUGGUCAUCAGGCAAGAAGAUGUCCGACCACGAUAUGUCGAGCAUCUGGAGGACCUGCGAGAUCUUGGUGACGGCUUCUUCCUCAGCUUGGAGGAGACUCUGCAUCGUAUGCCAUAUGGGCUGCGAUAUAUCGCAUCCGAGCAGCACCGCGCACUCUGCGCUCAAUUCCCAAGAGACGAUCCAGGACACCUUGCUAUGCUUGUGGGCGGUUGGCUAUGGAAGGUCUACCUCCUUCCUGCGCUCAAGGAGCCUGAGAUGUGGGGCGUGAUCGAUCGCGGUCUCAGCCCGUUGCACAAACGAAAUCUCGCACAGGUCACCAUUGUACUCGGCCAAGUCGCCAGUGCAGGCCGCCUGUUCGGGCCCGAAAAUAUCUACCUGCAGCCGCUCAACAAUUGGAUCACCGAAUCUCUGGAUCGAUGGCAAGGAUGCCUGCAGCAUAUUUUCGAUAUUCCACCUGCGGAGGAACACUACGAUGCUGAUCAGUUUAGCGAUUUGUACUCGAGGACAAAGCCUACGCUUUACAUUAAGCUGGCGGACAUCUUUGCGCUACACAGUCUGAUCACGGACAACAUUGCCGCCGUUGCACCGGCGAGAGACGAUCCCAUCAAGGAGCUGCUCGCGGACUUGGGCACGGCAAAGAGCAACGAGAGUGAUCUUGGAAGUGCGACCAACGGCGGAGAGAUCACUCUGACACUGAAGUCGCGAUUCACGGUCCAGGAGGAUCCCAAUGCCGAAGCCAGGGCACUGUUCACCAACACGAAACGCCUCGUGCUCUACAUCAUCCGGGUGCAGUCUGGCUCGAACCUCAUGGAGAUCCUCCUCCGGCCGAUCACUCAUGACGAUGCUGACCGCUGGAUCGCCCUCGUCCAAGAGGAGCUCCCACCUUCAUCCUUUUCCGAAGACCGCCGCGACCUCCUCGACCUUCAAUCCAUGACCUACGCUGAGCUCAAAUCCAGCGCACUUGAAAACAUCCUCCACCUCGAGAAUGCCGCUGUCCCUCCCCAGUACCGCGUAUCUCGAAACAACAACUAUCAAGAACUUCUCAAUGCUCUUGCAGCCGAUAUCCGUCAGAAGCACCGCCGCCGUCUGGAGCGCCAACGAGACGUCGAGUCAACGAGAGCCACCCUCUCCCAGCUGGACGACAAGGCCACAUUCUUGGAAGACCAACUGAAGAGCUACAACGACUACAUCGAACAAUGCCUACACACCCUCGCUUCGAAGAAAGGAACCAAGAACAAAUUCCUCAUGCCCUUCACCAAACAAUGGAGUCACGAGCGCGAACUCGAACGACAAGGUCGGCAACCCAAGUUCGGAUCGUACAAGUACUCCGCCCGCCAACUCGCCGACAAGGGCGUCCUGCUCAGCUGGGACGGUCUGCCGCAAGAUCAGUGGGGACAUGUCGACGUCGUCAUCUCGAGUGAUGAGGUUGGCGUGUUUUGUCUGGAGGCCAGUUCUGGCGCGAUGAUGAUUCCUGGUGCUAGUGAGGUGGUGUUGCUGGAUGAUCUGUUGCAGGCGCAGUUCGAUGGGAAGAGUGCGGUGGGCGUGUUUGAAGGACAGGGGAAGGGUGCAAGGUUGGGAGUGAAUUUGUUGUUGCAUUUGGUUUUCAAGAAGUUUUAUAAGGAUGGUUGA